AUGGGAAACCGAGUAAAUCGUCGUCAACAACCUGGUCUUUCAGGAUAUGGUCAACCUUAUGAUCCUAAUUAUGGAAUGGACUAUUAUGGAGGUGCUUAUGAUCCAUAUUCUUAUGGUGGCGGCUAUCCAACUGGUGGUGCCUAUCCAACUGGAGGUGGUUUCCCUACUGGUGGAUUCGGAACAGGAUAUGUUACCACAGCUAUCGUUCCCAGAUCUAAUCUAGGAGGCGGACUUGGUGGUGGCAAUAGUGCACUCGGUAGUUAUGGUUUAGGUGGUCUUGGAAGUGCUGGUCUUGGUAGUGGUGGUUUAGGUGGUCUAGGUGGUGGUUUAGGAGGACUUCCUCCUAAGAUUCGUGUUAUCUUCAUCCCUCAAGGUGGUGCUGCUGGAGGAUUUGGUGGUCAACAAGCUUGCGCUCCAAUGCCACAAAUGCCUAUGCAAAUGCCUCAAAUGCCAAUGCAAAUGCCUCAAAUGUGCCCUCCACCAAUGCCAAUGCCUCAGAUGCAAAUGCCAAUGCCCCAGAUGCCAAUGCCUCAAAUGUGUCCUCCACCAAUGCCAAUGCCUCAGAU